AUGGCUCUCAAUGUCCCCGGUUUAAUAGCUGUAAUCGUCUUUUAUACCUUGACUUUAGCAACUGGACUUUGGGCAGCUUGGAAAGCAAAAAAGAAUGAGCAGAAGAAUAGACAGACGGAGAUUGCCAUUGUAGGUGGAAGAAAUCUGAAUGUGUUUGUUGGACUUUUCACCACAACUGGUAAGAUUUUUGAUUAUUUAUUUUAAUGUUUUUUUUAUUUUUAUUAAAACUCCUAACUAGGGAAGAAACCUAAAUUAACCCUGCGAGUCAUGCAGUCGUAAGCAUCUGCAGCACAGGAUGGGUUAAGCUCUGUUGACUAAGCCCAGGUAACUUUUCUGCAUUCACAAGGCAAACUAUUAGAGAGAACAUGCUUUAUUUUCGUGUUGCCCCCUGCUGUGUAUUAAAUGCUCGAUUUGCUUUGAAAUGACUCUUACUGCAUUGUAAUGAACAAACUGCGGUAAUGAUGUCUAUAGCAAGGGAUUCAUUCUUGGUUUGAAAAGAACAUUGAGACAUUUCAAGAUUGAGUUAUAUUUCAGCUCAUGAAUAGGUUGCAUAUAGGGUAAGAAGUACCAAAUGUUUAUGGCUUACACAUUCUCAACACAAGCACAGUUUGAUUCAGGAAUUAUACUUAUAAAUAUAUAGUAAACCCAUGAGGUUUUUGCAAUCAAAUCAAAAUUAUAUAUAAAGAGAGAGAGAGAGAGAGAGAGAUGCAGGCAGGGUGACAGAUAGAUAGGUAGAUAGAUAGAUAGACACUAUUUGAUAGAUAGAUAGAUAGAUAGACAGAUAGAUACAUACAUACAUACAUAGAUUAAUAUCAUUAAUAUGUUUAACAGCUACACUUAGCAAACUACCAGUUACAGUAGAGGGGGCAGAGUAAGUGCAUUAGUUACACAGUGUAUGGAUAUUAUAUUGUUAUAGUUCAGUAAGUAUACUUAGCACUUUACAAUUUACAUUACAGUAGAGAGUGGUACAGUAAGUGCAUAUACAGAGUAUGUAUAUAUAUAUAUUAUUUAUAUUACACUAACAUGCCUACUUAACAUGAAUUACUUGACAAGUUAUAUAAUAGGAGGUGUAGAUAGUUGAAUCAUUAUUAUUUAUAUUACACUAACAUGCCUACUUAACAUGAAUUACUUGACAAGUUAUAUAAUAGGAGGUGUAGAUAGUUGAAUCAUUUUACCAGCAGUUUUACUGGCAGUGGUAGUAGUGCCAGGAGAGGCAGUUUUGCCAGCAGUUUUAUGGCAGUGGUAGUAGUACCAGGAAAGGCAGUUUUGCCAACAGUUUUACUGCAGUGGUAGUAGUGCCGGGAGAGGCGAUUUUGCCAGCAGUUUUACUGCAGUGGUAGUACAGGGAGUGCAGAAUUAUUAGGCAAAUGAGUAUUUUGACCACAUCAUCCUCUUUAUGCAUGUUGUCUUACUCCAAGCUGUAUAGGCUCGAAAGCCUACUACCAAUUAAGCAUAUUAGGUGAUGUGCAUCUCUGUAAUGAGAAGGGGUGUGGUCUAAUGACAUCAACACCCUAUAUCAGGUGUGCAUAAUUAUUAGGCAACUUCCUUUCCUUUGGCAAAAUGGGUCAAAAGAAGGACUUGACAGGCUCAGAAAAGUAAAAAAUAGUGAGAUAUCUUGCAGAGGGAUGCAGCACUCUUAAAAUUGCAAAGCUUCUGAAGCGUGAUCAUCGAACAAUCAAGCGUUUCAUUCAAAAUAGUCAAGAGGGUCGCAAGAAGCGUGUGGAAAAACCAAGGCGCAAAAUAACUGCCCAUGAACUGAGAAAAGUCAAGCGUGCAGCUGCCACGAUGCCACUUGCCACCAGUUUGGCCAUAUUUCAGAGCUGCAACAUCACUGGAGUGCCCAAAAGCACAAGGUGUGCAAUACUCAGAGACAUGGCCAAGGUAAGAAAGGCUGAAAGACGACCACCACUGAACAAGACACACAAGCUGAAACGUCAAGACUGGGCCAAGAAAUAUCUCAAGACUGAUUUUUCUAAGGUUUUAUGGACUGAUGAAAUGAGAGUGAGUCUUGAUGGGCCAGAUGGAUGGGCCCGUGGCUGGAUUGGUAAAGGGCAGAGAGCUCCAGUCCGACUCAGACGCCAGCAAGGUGGAGGUGGAGUACUGGUUUGGGCUGGUAUCAUCAAAGAUGAGCUUGUGGGGCCUUUUCGGGUUGAGGAUGGAGUCAAGCUCAACUCCCAGUCCUACUGCCAGUUCCUGGAAGACACCUUCUUCAAGCAGUGGUACAGGAAGAAGUCUGCAUCCUUCAAGAAAAACAUGAUUUUCAUGCAGGACAAUGCUCCAUCACACGCGUCCAAGUACUCCACAGCGUGGCUGGCAAGAAAGGGUAUAAAAGAAGAAAAUCUAAUGACAUGGCCUCCUUGUUCACCUGAUCUGAACCCCAUUGAGAACCUGUGGUCCAUCAUCAAAUGUGAGAUUUACAAGGAGGGAAAACAGUACACCUCUCUGAACAGUGUCUGGGAGGCUGUGGUUGCUGCUGCACGCAAUGUUGAUGGUGAACAGAUCAAAACACUGACAGAAUCCAUGGAUGGCAGGCUUUUGAGUGUCCUUGCAAAGAAAGGUGGCUAUAUUGGUCACUGAUUUGUUUUUGUUUUGUUUUUGAAUGUCAGAAAUGUAUAUUUGUGAAUGUUGAGAUGUUAUAUUGGUUUCACUGGUAAUAAUAAAUAAUUGAAAUGGGUAUAUAUUUGUUUUUUGUUAAGUUGCCUAAUAAUUAUGCACAGUAAUAGUCACCUGCACACACAGAUAUCCCCCUAACAUAGCUAUAACUAAAAACAAACUAAAAACUACUUCCAAAAAUAUUCAGCUUUGAUAUUAAUGAGUUUUUUGGGUUCAUUGAGAACAUGGUUGUUGUUCAAUAAUAAAAUUAAUCCUCAAAAAUACAACUUGCCUAAUAAUUCUGCACUCCCUGUAGUGCCGGGAGAGGCGAUUUUGCCAGCAGUUUUACUGGCAGUGGUAGUAGUGCCGGGAGAGGUGAUUUUGCCAGCAGUUUAACUGCAGUGGUAGUAGAGCCGGGAGAGGCGAUUUUGCCAGCAGUUUUACUGCAGUGGUAGUAUAAUGGCAGUUGUAGUAUUACCAGGACAGGUAAUAUAAACACCAGUGGCAGUAUUACCAGCAGUGGAAGUAUUACUUGGAGGGAGAGCAGUAAAGACCAUGGCAAUUUCUAGCACUGGAAGUUUUACUAGCUGCUGUGCUUUUAGUCUCAGUUUUACCGGCAGUGGCAGUAUUACAGGACGUUUUACCGGCCAUGGUAGUAUCACAGGCUCAGAUAGUUUUAAAGUCAGUGGAAGUAUUACACGGUCAUGUAGUAUAACCAAUCAUGGCAGUAUUAAAGGGUCAGGUAGUAUAACUGGCAGUGACAGUAUUAAAGGGUCACGCAGUAUAACCGGUAGUGACAGUAUUAAAGGGUCACGCAGUAUAACCGGUAGUGGAAGACUCUGGCGAUUCUAUAUCAACUGUAGAGGGAGCUUUACUUUCAAUGACGAUUUUUCUGAAAAUGUGUUAUUAUUACCAGAUGUGGUAAUUUUUUUUACGACCAGAGACAUUAUUACUGGAAUCAGAAAAGGCUACUUAGAAUUUCUGGUUAAUAAUUUUCUGUGAAUAUUAACUGAUUUAAUAACUGAGGACUUUUCUGACUGUUCUGAAUGCUACAGAACCCCAAUAUGUAUAGCUCUGACCUUGCUGGUGCUUGGCUGAUGCUCACUUUGAGCCCAUGAUUACAACAUGCAGAGUCCACAGUCCAUGAACUGAUAGAAAUGUAGUUACUUUAUUCUGGGCACGAAUCACUGAUAUUGGAAACCAGGAACAUUUGGUUAAACCAAGAUAUUGUUUAUUCAGUUCAAUAUCAAUGAGAUUGCUUGGAUGAUAAUGGUUGAAAGUAGAGUUUAUAGAUGCUAUGGCAUGUCCCCUCAUCUAUAAUUACUCCUCUUUAACAAGGUGGAACUCCUUUCUCAAUCCUUCAGUAGUCAAUGAUGCCCAAAGACGUUGAGAGUAUUUACAUUCAUAAAUCACCACUAUAUAUCUAGAGUUAAUCUAGGUUACCUAUUUAGUAUGCCACACAUAGCCUGCUCCUUCAAGCUUCUACCUGGGGAUGAGUAAGAUGAUGAAGAACAGGUCCAUCCAAACAAGUACAGUUUAGAGACAAGCGCAUUACCGGCCCUUAGAAUGGCCAGAUUAAACACACCAAGAAUAGUACAAGACAAGCCCCCAUCAGGGAUACAGAAUACAGAAGAAACGUAAGGAAAAGCCAAAGCUCAAGGACAAUCAGAAGGAAGAAUAGUCAAAGAUAAGCCAAGGUCAAAAUGCCAGAAAAUAUAAGAAAUAAACGCGCUCUCGGAUUAACCACAAAAUAGAAACCACGACAGGGCAUUAAACAAUUGGUAAAGUGAGUUUAAAUAUCUUAUGAAGAGUUCCAAUUGGUUUCUGGAACCUGGUGAUGCCAAAAUGUGCGUGCACGUCAAGGACGUGAUGAUGCACGCACAUCCACGUCACCAGCGUCACAAUUGGUGUCUGUUACUUUAAAUCGCGGCUUGUGGAAGCGGCCGGUGUCCAUCGAAAUGCCAGCGUGACUUCCAGCUGUGUAGCAAGGAGAGCGAAAGGAGAUACAGCAAGAGGUAAGUUUACUAUCUAUUUGUCCACGCUGUUCGGGCACGAUCACAUGUGGCCGCCCCGGUCUGCCCGUGUGUCAUAGGCUAGCUCUACUAGACUAAGAAGGUCCAUUUGGAGACAUUAGCAGAAGAGUCCAGUAGGGCAGAUUUAGCCUACACUUGAAUUCACUAGAAUAUCAUUACCAGGAGCUGCCACUGUUGGCCAUUUUCUCAUUCUGUACAGGAGGAAACAUCCUACUAAUUUUGACAAAAAAAUUUUUUAUCGACCAUUUAACACAAAGUAUGUAUAACGUCAACUAACAUAUUACGUUAUAUUUUACUAGACUGAUGAAUUCUGUCCUUUACUUUUUCUUAUUCAGCUACAUGGGUUGGAGGUGCAUAUAUCAAUGGCACCGCAGAAAUCGUGUAUCUUCCUUCAAGAGGCUUGGCCUGGGUACAUGCACCCCUUGGAUUCGCAAUAACAUUUAUAAUUGGUAAGCAUGGCUUCAUACCAACCACUUCAUCAGAAAGCUCAACAAAAAGCCAAUAGUUAUACCAUGCUUUCAGGUUUGUAGUGAAAUGUGAUGGACAAGUUGGACAAUUUGUCUGACUCCCCACUGUCAGGGACUGACGGGGUCUCGAGCUCCAAGUAAGAUCCUGAAAAAGCCCCAUGUCUAAUUUCAUUGUCAGCUGCAAGUAUUUUGUGACAGUGAGAGAUAAAUGAUACCUGAUAUUAUACAAUUAUUGCGAGUGCCAUUUAAAAGCACUUUAUUUGUAGAGAUGUUACGAACUGUCUGCCGAACUGUUCGCGAACUGUCCGCCGGCGAACAAUAGCGUGUUCGCGUUGGGCGAACAUAUCCGAUUUCCGGUCCGCCCCCUAUACGUCAUCAUUGAUUAAACUUUGACCCGGAACCUCACAGCCAGCAGACACAUUCCACCCAAUCAGCAGCAGACCCUCCCUCCCAGGAAGUGUCUGCUGACUGUGAGGUUCCGGGUCAAAGUUUACUCAAUGAUGACGUAUAGGGGGCAGAGCGGAAAUCGGAUAUGUUCGCCCAACGCGAACACGCUAUUGUUCGCCAGCGAACAGUUCGCGAACAGUUCGGCGGACAGUUUGCGACAUCUCUAUUUAUUUGUAGUUAAUUAUAAAGCAUAGUGUAGGGGUAAUGCGGUGGGUGCAGGAUUUUAAUGCAGAGGGGUGAAGGUUUAAUACAGCAUGGCUUAAGAUCUGGAAAUGUGGAGUUUAUAAAUUUAGGUUCAUGUAAAACUCUUUGGAUUCAAUCAAAGAUUCGGUGUUACAAAAUGAUUCUUAGAACACAUUAGUACAGGGUUGGACUUAGGGCUUGGUAUUAGGCUGAUUGUAUGGGAAAGGACAUAAAAUGUACCAUUGUAUUUUUGCCAGCAUUCAAUGUCCUGAUUUAUAUAGUUGUUAAUGGUAACAUUUGGGGAACUGUACAUUUUUCAUGAAAACAGAAACAUUUUGAAAAUCGUGCAACUCAGCUAUUUCUCCUUUUUGGCAUUUUGUUUGCUCACCAAUGACCACCACUCAUUGUUUAGUGAAUAACUUCCCUGCAUCUUUAUUCAUUCUUGAAAUUAUCUUAGGCUAUUUCUGAUCUUCACCCAUUCAGUACCGGGGACAUGCGGAGAUAUAUUCAUAUAUUACACUUUAUUUUAAUGUAAUAUUUCCUAUUUCAAAGACUAACAAAAUUACACUUUAUUGCAUUUCCCGGAAAGCAAUGGCCAUCCCGGUAAUUAGAUUUAUUCAAGGAACUUGAAUAAGACAGUGAAAAAAAAUAAAUCUCAAAUGUGUGUUCUCUGUAUGGCUCCAUCGGAUUUCACCAAGAUGAAUUUGAGCAACAGAAACAUAAUGAUAUUUCAAGCAUGAAAUCUUGGUAAUUGUCAUUAUUCCUUCACAGUUUUUGGUUUAUUCCUGACAUUAUACGGAUGGAAUAUUAACAAACUCAGUUCCACCUGUAUCAUUCGGAACGCUCAUCAAAUUAAUAUUCUUCAAUCUAAUCUUUUUUCAUGAAUCAACAAACACUUAUGUUAAAUUGAAGCAAGUUAGGUACAUUGUAAUCUAGUCCAUACAGUUGAACCCUUUCAGUGUAGAUUUUAUUGUGGUGACCUUUUUUUUUUUUUGCCAACAUCCAUUCAUGACUUUAACUGUGCUGUCCGCAUAUAACAACUUGCAAAUUACUGGAGGAUUUUUUGUUGUUGUAUAAUAUAUACAUUUUUAAUAUCAUUUUUAUUUGGGUUUUACAAUAAUGAAAGCAAUAAAAGUAGCAUGAUAUGAUGAUGGGUAAUAAUAUAAUAUGAUGGGUAGUUUCAAAGAUUAACCUCAAUACAUAUUAAUUAUUGGAUAUGUAAAGCACAGAUAUACAAGAAUAUGUAAUACUCUUGGUAGGUAAAUGCAGACAUAGUAAUGAGAAGUUACACUAAUCAGCUACAACAAUAAACCCAGAUUAAGGAAGAGCGCACACACACCAAAAAAUACAGUUUUAAAUUUAACAAGACUACUUUAAAUCACCCAUCUUAGCAAACAAAUACAGGGAUUCAGUUACACCAUGUGGCCAUAUUGUGUUAAGCCCACCAUUACGCCACAGUACCUCGAUAUCAGUGGGUUGUACACUAAUUUCAACAUGGGAGAUUAACAUGCUAACUGCAUUACUUACUGCUUACUCUGCUUCCAGAAACUCUCCUCAAUUUAUGCUUUCCUAUGGUCACCUCCAAAGCAGCACUUAGAGUUCAAUCCGAUAGGAAUCUUGUCUGGAUUCCAAAUAUGCAUAGAAAAAAAUGGGAAUUGGGGACUGAUCUCAAAUUAUGGAAGAAAGUUGCCUGGUCUAAUGAAUCACAUAUUCUUUUAGAUCAGGUGGAUGGCCAGGUGCGUGUGCGUUGUUUAUCUGGGUAAGAGAUGGCAGCAGCUUGCACUAAGGGAAGAUGGCAGGCUGAUGGAGUGUUAUGCUCUGGGCAAUUUUCCUUGGUCACCUUAAAUGGGGCACCUAUAGUGGAUGGGUGGGAUGCUCAACCCAAUAGCAAUCUGGUCAGGAUUCCAAAUAGUAAAAAUAGAAGAAAAGCUACUGAAAGAUAAAAAUAUCCAAUACAUAGCAGUAUAAUAACAAAUAGUUUAGGAAAUAUUAUUGAAAUUGAUAAUAAAACUAUGAUGUUGAUUAGACAUUUUAUUCAUGUUUACAAAUUGCCCAGAGCAUAACACUGCCUCCACCAGGCUGCCUUCUUUCCCUAGUGCACGCUGCUGACAUCUCUUCCCCAGAUAAACAACACACAUGUACCUGGUCAUCCACCUGAUCUAAAAGAAAACAUACAAGUCAUCAGACCAGGCUAUCCUCUUCCAUUGGUCCACGGUCCAGUUCUGAUGCUCACAUCACCAUUGAAGGCCCUUUUUGCGGUGGACAGGGGUCAUCAUGGGCACUCUGACCGGUGUACGGCUAUGCAGCCCCAUACGUAGUAAACUGUGAUGCACUGUGUGUUCUGACAUUUUUCGAUCAUGGCUAGCAUUACGUUUUUCAGCAACUUAAGACAGUAGUUCUUCUCUGUGAUUGAAUCAGACGGGCUAGCCUUUGCUCCCCAUGUGCAUCAAUGAGCCUUUUUCACCCAUGACCCUGCAGCCGAUUCACCGUUUGUCCUUACUAGCACCACUUUUGGUAGAUAAUAAUAACCACUGCAUACACCCCACAAGACUUACUGUUUUGGAGAUGGUCUGACCCAUUAGCCUAUGCAUUGCAUACCAGGAACACCCCUCAAGACUUACCGUUUUAGAGAUGCUCUGAUCCAUUCGUCUUGCCUUCGUCUUAUGCAGGAGCUGAAAGCUUUCUUCAAGGCUGACGUUCAGCAAAUGGCCUCCGACAUCAGAACAGACAUCCAAAGUAUUGGGAAGCGCAUGGCCCGCCUAGAAGACCGUACUGAAAAGCUAAUGGAUGCUCACAACUCUAUGGCUGAGGCCUACUCCUCCCUAGCUCAAAAAUUUAAAUCUCUGGAAGAGAAAGUAGCAGACCACGAGGACAGGAACAACGUCCGCAUAAGGGGAGUUUCUGAAUCCGUCAAACAAGUUGAUCUGCCCUGGUAUGUACAAGACCUGUUUAAGGUCCUCAUUCCGACACUGAGUGUCUCAGAAUUACUCCUAGACCUCCCCAAACCUUAGCAUCUCCCUCCUGAUACAACAAGAGAUAUAAUUACUAGGGUCCAUUACUUCACGGUCAAGGACCGCGUUAUGCAAGCUGCCAGAUUGAAUACCUCGUGGCCUGACCCCUACACCCACAUCAACCUCUCUUCUCACUUUUGCGCCCAUUACCACAGCUCUGUGUGCCGCAAAUAUUCCAUACAAAAUGGGGUUUCCCCGGCCAAGUUGUUAGUUAAACGAAAUGGGGUGGACAAACCCAUAUUCACCCCAGAAGACGAGAAGAAGAUCUUGCAAGAAUGGAAUAUCCAGCUGCGCUUUGAUGACCCAAGGAAUACCUCUGUGGCCCUCACGCCAAAUCUCUACCUAAGGACUGGCUCUAGAUGCCCAGAUCCACACACAUCACCCGGCCACAGAGCCUUCCAGACCUGAGUGGACUGUCGUGGUGCAGUGCUGUUCCUGUUACCAACUAGCUAAAUUACCACUUAGGUUAAUUGUUCCUGUUUAUUGAAUCAUUCACCCACUGUUAAUCUAACAUCAUUGACCCAAGGUUUAGGCCGCGGUUGGCCAAUUUAGCACCCGUACGUCCAUUUCUGAUUCCAACACAGCCGACGAUCUUUCUAAAAUCCCACAGAUCUCAGCGCUUCUCACUUCCUAAGACUACCCCCAAGGCUUCCUCUAUAGCCCUUACUGUCCCUUGCUUUCUAGCAGCUUAAUGCCAUACUCAUAUGGCAAACGGAACAUUGUAUAUAGUUAUUGUUAACCCCCUUUAUUUUAUUAUGAGUAUGUUACCUCCAAAAGCUACACUCAGUCGGGUGUUGUAUACAGGUCUCCAGGUAUCGAGAGGCAUCCCCACACAAAUGGAGUUGUUGACCGUUAUCAUAUAUGCUGCCCAACAAGUUAUUACAGGGUCUCUUAACUAUGAGACAGUUGAUGGAGUAGCAGACCUAAAUUUAAUUCCACCUUGAUAAGCAAGGAUGCAUAAUUUUCAUUGCUUGGUAAAAUUAGUGAUAAAAAAGGGCGAUACUUAAUAUUGCAGUGUCUUCUCAAUAAAAAUCCAUAUACCAUGGUCAACAUUUACAGCCCCAAUCAGAAUCAGCAUGAUUUUUUGCUUACUGUACUAGCUUUAACUGAUAUGUAUAAAUAUGGGGAGGUAAUUAUUGGAGGCGACACAAAUUUUUUGUUAGAUGGCAUGGCAGACUCAUCUGCUUCUGCAGAUCUCUCUUCUCGUACCCUACGGCAACGAUCAACCCUGUCGGCAUGAAUCUGUGCUACAUUAGCCUCACGUCACUUUGUAGACCCAUGGCGCAUCCAGCACCCAAAAUAAAUUGAUUUUACUUGUCAUACAGCAGCACACAACAGUUACUCACGAAAUGACUGCUUCCUUAUUCCCGCCACCUCGUUGCCCGCAAUCGAGGAGUCCACCAUUGGACUCAUCUCAUGGUUGGACCAUGCUCCAAUUAUCCUGAGAAUAAGAGAAAACUUCCCAAAUAAAGGAAAAGGUUCAUGGAAGUUCAAUGAAUCCUUUCUCACUGACCCCUCCGUAGUCUCCCAAAUCUCUACAGACCAACAACACUAUUUCAGUGAAAACACAAUUAUUGACUCCCAUUUUGACCAGAUCUGGUUAGUGCAUAAAGCAUUCAUUCGAGGCAGCUUCAUUAAGCAUGCCAGCCACGCCAAGAAAUUAAGACUUGCCACAUAUAACUCGCUUAUAGCAGAGAUUACUAAGAUAACACGUUCUAAUAAACACGAGCCUAACUCAACCACGUACACUAAAUUGCACCAUCUCCAGGCUCAACUAAAAGAUAUGGAGCUAGUCAAAACAAUAUAUUUACUCUUCAAGUCUGAAUACAAUUUUUUUGACAAUGGCAACAGGACGGGCGCCAAAUUGGCAUCACAAUUAAAGGACAGGUCUGUCGCCUCCAGGAUUGCCUUCCUAAAAAAUGGUAAACGAAAAAAAACAUUAGAACCACAUGCUAUUGUUAACCACCAUUGUGACUGCCAGGGGUCAGACAAUACCAGAAAAACACUUAACAUCUUGUCAACCCUGAGGGCCUUUAUCUUGCAUUAGAUGCAGAAAAGGCCUUCGACCGACUGAACUGGGCGUAUAUGACCAAAGUACUGUCUAAAUUAAAUUUUCCAGAAGAAACAAUACAAGGCAUCAUGGCCUUAUAUGGCACCCCUACAGCCAGAGUCUCGCACGGGGAAUUCCUGUCUACGCUCUUUUCCAUCACUAAGGGAACCAGACAGGUAGGUAGGCCCUUGACAGAUGCAGACUGGCUCCAUGUCCUCAGUGACUUAUCUAGAUGGACGAAAUGCUUCUCACAUAUUGAGGCCCAUAGAAAACUCUUGUAUUGCUGGUACAUGACCCCUCAGAGACUCCAGCGUAUGUUCCCCAAUUCAUCCCUGACAUGCUGGAGGUGUGCUUUGGAUAAAGGCACACUCAUACAAUUGUGGUGGUCCUGUGGGGGCAUUCAGCCCUUCUGGACUAUAGUACAUUCUGUCCUUGGCACACUGGACAUCCCUACUUUCGUAUUAACGGCACCUACCGCUGCUGCUCCCUGGAUCCAGGGACAUUUUAGCUGCGAGGCAAACAAGGCAUUUGCCUUGGGCGGCAUUUUCCAGGGGGCGGCAAAAAAAGCCAUCCCCCAAAUGCCGAGGGCAAAUGUCUUGUUAGCCUUGUGGCUAACUGACAAGCCAGACGGGCGGGCGGCUGGCGAGGGAGCACUUUCCUCCAGCAGCCCCAGGGAGAGGGAGACCCCCCCCCCAGCAUUCCUAAAGGUAAGGAGGCUGGGGGGGUUACAUUUAAAAAAAAAGUGAGUGUGUUAAUGUGAGUGUGUGUGUAUGCUAGUGUGUGUGUGUGUGUGUGUGUGUGUGUCUGUUAGUGGGUGUCUGUCUGUUAGUGGGUGUCUGUCUGUUAGUGUUUUUGUGUGUGUGUGUUUGUGUGUCUGUUAGUGUGUGUGUCCAUUAGUGUGUGUGUGUCUGUGAGUGUGUGUGUGUCUGUUUGCCUGUUAGUGUGUGUGAGUGUGUGUGUCCAUUAGUGAGUGAGUGUGUGUGUCUGUGAGUGAGUGUGUGUGUGUCUGUGUGUGUCUGUUAGUGAGUGAGUGUGUGUCUGUUAGUGAGUGAGUGUGUGUGUCUGUUAGUGAGUGUGUGUGUCUGUUAGUGAGUGAGUGUGUGUCUGUUAGUGAGUGUGUGUUUGUCUGUUAGUGAGUGAGUCUGUUAGUGAGUGUGUGUGUGUCUGUUAGUGAGUGAGUGUGUGUCUGUUAGUGUGUGUGUGUCUGUUGUGUGUGUCUGUGAGUAUGUGUGUGCCUGUUAGUGAGUGUGAGUGUGUUGGCCUGUUAGUGUGUGUGUGUGUCUGUUAGUGUGUGUCUGUGUCUGUGUGUGUCUGUUAGUGAGUGUGUGUUUGUCUGUCAGUGAGUGUGUGUGUGUGUGUCUGUGUCUGUGUGUUUGUCUGUUAGUGAGUGAGUCUGUUAGUGAGUGUGUGUGUGUGUGUGUGUUAGUGAGUGUGUCUGUUAGUGAGUGUGUGUUUGUCUGUUAGUGAGUGAGUCUGUUAGUAAGUGUGUGUGUGUUAGUGAGUGUGUGUGUCUGUAAGUGAGUGCGUGUUUCUGUCAGUGAAUGUGUGUGUGUAUUUAGAAUGCGGGGCAGGAGGAAGGGUUGGGUGGGGGUGCAUAGGGCAACACAAAACCAGGAUACACCACUGCCUGCAUCCCUGACCUAUGGCCAGAAACAAAUCACUGCUUUGGUUCUACUAGCUGCAUGAAACCUUACAGCUCGAAAAUUGAAAUCCUCAGACUACCCUUCCCUGUCCCAGUUACUUGACAAAAUACGACAGUUCCACAUCUAUGAGCGAAUGGUUGCUCACAUCCAGUCAGACAACUCCUUGGCUUGACUUCCAAACACUGAGGAUCCUGGGAUGAAGACCCCUGUCUGCUGGGGUGAGAGACCUCUUAUAUGUGUGGUGGGCUUUCUGUACCUGGGAGACAAAGGGACAAUGACCCCUUUCCCGCACUUCGGCUCCCGGGUACAGAGGCUCCUGGGAUAUGACCCCCGUUGACUUGAGAUGAAAACCCUUUGCACAGAGUCAUGCAUAAAAGCCGAGUGUGGCCCAAUAAAAUUGAGUUGUACCUCCAGAACUGUGUGUCGUCCAGUUACUUGGGGAAGGGGGGAGGAAAAGGGUCUCUUGAUAUUCUGAAAUGCUUUCUGAACGGCUGAAGGAAGGGAAUUAGCGGAGGUAGCCAGCCAGGUUACCCGGCGUCUGCUAUAAGUGUAAAAAUUGACUAUUCAGUGUACUGCUAAAUAUUUUUUGCAGUACACUGGUAGAUGCAUUUUUGCUUCAUUUACGUUACAGAUCUAGUGAGUAAUUAUGAAUAGACAGAAAAAAAGGAAUAUUUUAAAAAAAUAUAUAUAUUUAUAUAUUAACUAUAUGACACAAAUAUUUAUUUAUAGAUUUAUUUUUUUUACUGCUACUCCUUUUUUCCUUCUGUUGGUCAAUUCUAUCAAUAUUACUGGCUGUCCUACAACAUUCAAUCAUAUUUUUUCCCCAUCAAUCAUCUUUUUUUUAUUGGCCCCAUGAAUGGAACUCUGAAUCAUGGAACAAGUGAAAUGGCUUGUCCAUUUUCCGUUUUGGUUGCUGUAUAAUUUGUCCACAUGCCGGUUUGGAGUUACAGAAUCCAGAUGACGGCCCAUUCACCCAGCAUACAGCCGAAUUGCAAUUAGUUUGAAAUCGAAUGUACAAGUCUAAUAUCAAGAUAGGUGUGCCAUAACCAUUAAAUGGGGUGAGGAGGUUACACAAAAAGCAUGUAUCAAAACAAGGUAAACUAGACGUACUUGAAAAUGCAUAAAUCCACAAUAAAUACAAAAUAAUAAGUAGAGUCAAUUAAAGCAUGUUUGGGGCACAGAGAUGUAGACAUCUAAAGAACUGGGGAAGUCCGCCUGAGAUCCAUAGAAUUUAUCAUUCCAUCCAGUUGCCCAGCAUAGGUAAGUGCAUAUUUGGGUAUGGAAACUAAACAGAACUUAUCUAUCUAUAUAGCAUAUACAAACACAAAGCUGUGAAGUAACAUGUUCAGUUUUCAGUAAAUGUGUACUUAACUUCUGUAUUUAUUUUUAGGUGGACUUUUCUUUGUAAAGCCAAUGAGGUCCAAAAAAUAUGUAACAAUGAUGGAUCCCCUCCAGGAAAAGUUUGGACAAACGAUGGGAAGCAUUCUUUUUAUUCCACCACUACUUGGUGACGUAUUUUGGUUUGCAUCUAUUCUUGCUUCAUUAA